UAGUAAUCAAACCGGGUGUCAAUAAAGGAGUGUGACGUUUGUUUACUUGGGAGCAAAGUUUAAAAAAAAUACCCAGAAGAGAAGAAAGAGACCUUAUCAAAUCAAAAACAACAAAAAUUUUACCUUAUUUUUCUCUUUUUUGUUUCUCUCGUAUAAAACCUACAUUGUUCAGUAACAAAACCUGUUUCAACAAAAUACGAAGAAAACGUUGGAAGCUCCAAACCCUAUCAAUGGAGGGUUUCGAGACUUCAUCAAACUCGCAAUCAAAGCUGAAAAUCAAUGAAAGGGUUGAGGUGAAGAGUUUUGAAGAGGGGUUUCUGGGAUCAUGGCAUCCAGGGACAGUUAUUGAUAGUGAGAAGCUGAAGCGUCAUGUUCAAUAUGAGAAUAUUCUGAAUGAUAAUGGAUUGGGUAAUUUUGUGGAGAUAGUGAGUGUUUCAAGUGUUUUGGAUGGUGAUAUUGGGUCAUUGAGUAAACGUGGGAGGAUCAGGCCAGUGCCUCCUUUGGUUGAGUUUGAGAAAUGUGAUCUUAAGUAUGGUUUGUGUGUUGAUGUAAAUUACCAGGAAGCUUGGUGGGAAGGUGUUGUAAAUGAUAAGUGUGAUGGAAUGGAGGAGAGGACUGUGUUUUUCCCUGAUUUGGGUGAUGAAAUGAAGGUCGGAAUUCAGGAAAUGCGGAUUACUCAGGAUUGGGAUGAAGUUACGGAGAAGUGGGAGCCACGAGGGAAAUGGUUGCUUUUUGAAUUGAUUGAGGAAUCGUAUCUUCCAGUCUCGGUAAGGCAAAUUUGGUAUGAUGUGCGACAAAAAAAGGAAUUUUCCGCGAUUGGUGAAUGGACAUUGAUUGAGAAGAAGGAUUUGUGGAGACACUUGAUAAUGGAGGUAGUUGGUGACUACUUGGCUGUUACAGUAAAGGAAGUUUUCUCGGCCUUGAAACUUCCGGAGAUGGAAUCAGGUGAACUAUUAUCUGAAAAGGAAAAGUUUGAGCAGAAAGAACCUGUUGUUCCUCCGGCUGGAAAGGACUUGCCUAAGUUUCAAAAUGAAGUUUCAUGCAACGGUGCUGGUGAAGCGGUUGCCAUCAAUUUUGAGAAAAAUGAACACAGAUUGUCAACUGAUUUAAAGUCAAAUAAUCAGUGGGAAAGUGUAAUAUUUUCUGAAACUGAAUACUGUCCCGAUGCUGUUAAGCAAUAUGUGCUUGCUUCUGACGACAGGGCAACUAUGACAUCUUUGAAGGAAAAAGUAUGGAAACAUCUUGCAUAUAUUGGAUGGGAAAUUGACAUUAGCCUGCGUAAUAAACAUUACAGGUACACGCCACCCAAUGGAAUCCAUUGCAAUAAGAAAGUUUACUACUCACUUACUUUACUUUGUAAAGCUGAAUCCAUGAUGAACUCUUCUCCAUCCGAAAAUGGUCUUGGUAUAAGUCAUCCUGCCGGUGACUGUCACGUUCCAAAUGUGCCUCUUAGUCCAUCUGAAAAGAUUCAGAACCAAGUAUCUCCUCUAGUUUUGGGGCUUCCAUCUGUUGCAGUGGCAGAUGAACAAGCUUAUUGUCCUCAAGCCAUUGUGGAAUACCACAAACAUGCACUCAAGAAGACCUGCAAUCCGGCAGAUAAAAGGAAACUUAUUUCAAAAGUAAGAAAUCAUCUGAAAGCAGAAGGAUGGAUUUUAAUCGAUCCACCUCCAAAUAAUAGAAGAAGAGGUGUUUUAUACAUUUCUCCACAGAAACAGAGAUUCUUCUCAUUGAAUUCAGUAUGCAGUUUCUUACUUAAAGAAAGUAUUCAGAAAUCGACUAUUUCUUGCAUGCAACCUUUAAAUAUCUCAACCAUUCAUGAGGAAAAUGUUGAUCAGGUAUUGAGUGAUGAUUUAUCAAGUAGAGACAGUGUUGCUGCGAAUAAAUCAAGUGCAAAUCGGAAGCGAAAACGCUUGAGGAAUUCAGAUGGCAGCCUGCCAAAGCGCCGAAGCAAUGAAUCAACUCUAAGGGUGCUGAGAUCAAAUGAAAGGGUGCCAAACGCGUCUUCCUCUUGCCUUUCACAUCAUAAACCUUUAAAUGUUCUGUCUUGGUUGAUAGACAGCAACACGUUGUUACCAAGGUCUAAGGUUUUUUGUCGAGCAAAACGUGGGCACCGUACUGUGCUUUCUGGGCGAAUAAGUCAUGAAGGCAUCAAGUGUAACUGUUGUUCAAGAAUAUACAGUCUUGUUUCCUUCGAAUUUCAUGCUACUGGCAGUAAUACCAUCAGACCAAGUGCCAGUAUCUUUCUGGACGAUGGUAGGUCACUCUUAUCUUGCCAGAUUCAAAUAAUGCAAGAUCACAAGUCUAAGGAGGCUAUGAUAAAACCACACAGUCAUUUGUGUCAAGGUGAAAACGACUACAUUUGUUCUGUUUGCCACUUUGGGGGCGAACUUCUUUUGUGUGAUCACUGUCCGUCUUCAUAUCAUAAGACAUGUCUUGGUCUGGAGGAUCUCCCUGAUGGUGAAUGGUUUUGUCCAUCGUGUCGAUGUGGGAUUUGUAUCCAAAGCAAAUUCAACGGGGGUGGUGAGGAUGAACAUUUCCUUACAUGCAUUCAGUGUGAACAUAAAUAUCAUGUUGCGUGCCUGAAAAGUAGAGAUACCAGUAAAUCCGGAAGUUAUUUGGAAAGCCGGUUCUGCGGAAAAGACUGUGAAAAGUUAUAUGCAGCCCUUCAAAGUAUGUUAGGACAACCAGUUUCAGUGGGUGCGGACAAUCUAACAUGGACAUUAGUGAAGUGUGCCGACUCUGAGAGUUGUGAACUUGAUAAUAGUAAAAGUGGAUUAUUGGCAGAAAGUUACAGCAAACUCAAUGUCGCUCUUUCAUUGAUGCAUGAAUGUUUUGAGCCCUUAAAGGAAUCCUCUUCUUGCAGAGAUCUGAUGGAAAAUGUUUUAUUCAGCCGAUGGUCAGAACUUAAUCGAAUGAAUUUCCGGGGUUUCUAUUCCGUACUUCUGGAAAGAAAUGAAGAUCUUGUCAGUGUAGCAACUAUUAGGGUCCUUGGAGAUAAGGUAGCUGAAGUACCUCUUGUUGGUACCAGAUUUCAGUAUCGUCGUCAUGGAAUGUGUCGCAUAUUAAUGGAUGAACUGGAAAAGACGCUCACGCAAUUAGGAGUGGAGCGUCUCAUUUUACCUGCUGUUCCCACUGUGGUAGAUACAUGGACCGGCGCUUUUGGAUUUUCAAAGAUGCCAAACUUUGAAAGAUCACAAUUUCUAAACUAUACUUUCCUAGAUUUUCCGGGUACCAUCAUGUGCCAGAAGUUUUUAGCAAAUAUUCCGUCUCCAAAUUCGGUUUUGCCAACUGAGUUCCAACGAAAACAAGAUGCUAUCUCCGGAAGCAGUAGUGCUAGUAAUAAGUCUCCAGUUUCUGAAGUUUACCAAGCAGAAGAGAUAGACAAAAGAGAAUCGUUGGAUCAACAAAUGAUGGAUACUUCUGAAGGCGAUAAUGAUAAUCUUGGCAGUGCUGUUAUUGACUGUGUCACCAUGGUGGAGCAACCAAUUCCUGAGGAUCAACAACAUUGCCAGAAUGGAACCACUCAAGAGUGCUCUUUUGUAAGGUGGCGUGGACUGGUCUACUCUAGACGAAGGAAGGCGAAAGGGGAAAAUGGAGCGUAGGGUUUAUAAUUAGGAGUAAAUUGGAAACACAAGAUUUUGUUGAAGGAGAAUGAAGUGGUUUUCAUCAAUGCACAUUAUAUCCACAGUUAUAGCUUCUUUCUUUUUGUUUGUGUUUCCUUGGUACAAAGUAUAUAUGUGCAUAAGUGGGAGACUUUGCAUGUGUUUAUACUAACUCAAGAGGUAAAUUCUAGUGAGAUGGAUAGAGCUAAUUGUCUACAGUUUUGGGUAUAGUAAUGGAUUAAAAAAAAAACUAUAAUAAUGGUUUUUAUUUUUUA